GGGUGGGGGGGGCGGGCUACAGUGGUUAAAAAGAAAGCACUUUUGCGCACUCAUUAUUUCAUUUAGUUCUUGUAACAACCAGGUGGGGUAAAUAAAUCAGGAUCUGCAUGCCUCUGUUACAGCUAAUGUUCAGAGUCGUACAGUUACUACGGGCAGAGCUAAAAAACAGGACCAAUGUCUUCGUACUCUCCAUAUAAAAAGCAAAAAACCUUCCCACCUACUGGCUCCCUAAAUUCACCCUUCCACAUGUCCAGCUGCGCUGAGCAGGAAUCUGGUACCCUCAGCUCUCGAUUCCUUCAGUUCAGAGAUGGUUAUAAAAUUAACAAAAACAGGAACACGGGAACUGGGAAAUGCUUCUGGUUGUGAAAGAAAAAGAAACUCAUCAGGAUGUUCACCACAAAAUAUAAGCUUUCAUUAAGGAGUGUGGGGGGCAUGGUAGAAUUCUGCUUCGAUGCACCCAGAGAAACCCCCUUUCGGCACGGUGCUUUUAUUGCGGCUGGCCUCUUACAGGCCGGUUUGGCUACUGUGCCCCUGUUAGCUGAUUGCGGGAAUGAAAGCAAGGGUAGAACAUUUCGCUUGUGUAUCUGACCAGUACCUGUUUCCUGGAGCUGUUUGAUUUGUCUAAGUUUUUCUGAAUCACCGCCACCACCCCUGAGAAAUAAUAAAGCCGUACUUCUGAACCACUGCCUUGCAGGAACAUGCACAGCGAAGCCUGCUCUCCUUCACUUCCUGGAAGAGUAUAUCGACCCAUGCCCUCACGGGCACGGAGAAGUAGCACACAGAUGAUUUCAUUAUGAGUGCCAGAUGUAAAAGCCCUCACUGGGAGCCAGCGGGAGGAUCUGGGAUUCUAGGAAAGCUGUGAGGGUGUACCCAGGGGACAGAGUGUGCCUGCUUCCCGGUGUAGACCCUUUAGUUUAGCAGAGAUGAUCUCCAGUGAAAGGACGCCUCCGGGAAGCUUCGAGCCAAGCACGGAGUUAAUUUUAUCAAAUAUACAAAGCAGGAAGAAAUGUAUCUUAAUUUGUUAUAAAGUCAGAAUAGUAGCCACAGUUUGACAUUUUAAGAAAGCAAUCGUGAAUGGAAGUUAUAGAUUGAGGCAGAUGUCAGGUCACAAACAAGGUGCCAGGGGAAGUGUAUUUAUGCCAGAUUUCUAAACUGGAUUUAAAAAAAAAAAAACUUAUUUCGGCCAGGUCAGUUUACAAACAACCCUACACACACACACACACACACACACACACCUUUUACCUUUAGGAGAAAGGGAAACUUGAGUUAGUAUUUAUCAAAAGAGAUAUUUUACCCUUUUCAACCAUUAACUUUUUUUUUAAACAGCCUCGAUGUGUUUUCAUAAAUUGUAGAUUGUGGCUUUUUGUGCUGUUUGAAAUUGAAGAGAACGGUGUCUGUCUUUGUAUUCCUGGAGCAAAGUAGAAAGGGAACCCAUGACCAGAAAGAUAACAUCAAAUAGGAGAUUGUAAACAUACCUGAGGGAGAUAAUGUGGGCAGGCGGACAAACAGACCGUUCCCAUUCCUGGGGAGGAAAGGGGUUAAGGAGAGCUCCACAAUGAAGCAGAUUUUUUAAAACCCACUCCUUCCAAGUCCUUCAGCUCAAGCUGCAGUCAAAUAUUUGCAUAAAGAGCUAGUGAAGGAGUCCAGCUUCCUGGUUCGUGACAUUACAGCAUGGAUCAUUUUCAAAAUUAACACCACCUCCUGUUUCAGCGGUGGCUGAGCGUGCAGUCUCUGGGUGACAUGGUGCAUGGGACCGUCCGGAGGCAACAGCGUCCGCCUUUCAGACCAAGUCCUGCCAUCUCCUGCAGGGCUGUGUUUUGAGCCUGAACCGGUUUCUUCCACACCCAGUUAUUUUCAACCCCGAGAAUUUUCCAGUUGUGUUUCUUGUGAGGAAAACACAAGCUGCCUCAACCAGAUCUUUGAUUCCUACCUUCAGACAGAGACACACCUGGACCCUUCGCUCACUUCCGCGCAAAGUGCUCCACACUAUUUCCCUGACAGCUUCCAAGCCGCCCCUUUCUGCGUUAGCCAGAGCCUGACCCCGGGAUCGCCUUCUGAUUCCUCCACUCUCUCCGGUUCCUUAGACUACAGUUACUCGCCGGCUCAGCUACCGUCAUAUGCUCCAGAGAAUUACAAUUCUCCCCCUUCUCUGGACACCAGGAACUGUGGCUUCCCCUCCGAAGACUACUCCUAUGCCCACCUGCCCCCGGACGCCCAGUAUGACUGCUUCUCCUCGGCCGGCACCUCCGUCUGCUACUGUGCGUCGUGUGAGGCAGAACACUUGGACCCCAUCAGGGCAUCGGAGUACUUUUCCUACCCCAGCUCAGACUACGUGAACUUUGCCCCCUCUGCAGCGGCCACCAGCGAUUUCUAUAAGAGGGGGACAAACUGUGACAUCUGCUAUAGUUAAUGGCAGUUAUGGUAAUUCAGAACAUGGCAUACCUAUAUCUGUUUUUCGGCCGCCCCAAAUGACAACUCGAAAUAUCCAACACAUUGACAAAACGUCACAAGCCCAGUUUGCAUGUCACCAUUUUCGAUUUUCCGAUGCUCACGAGGCAUUAAUAUGAAGUCCUCAGACCUGAUCACUGUGUCACUCCUAUUCUAUGUGCUUAUAGUUAACAUUUUUGUAGGGAAUGUUCAGCUGUGUUACUUUUCUAUGUAAUGAACAAAUUCUAAUUUUUUUUUACUAAUAAAUUUUGUAUUCUUAAAAAUUG